GAUCCCAAUGUCGCCGCACGUAUCUCAGUUAUCUUCGGAUUGGAACCAGCCUUCAUCCCUCUAGAAAUCGCAAGCAGCAAUUCCCAUUGUCAUUGAUAACGCUUUUGUUUUGGUGACUAGCAAAUCCAAAUAACUGUUUUUUUUUUUUUUUCUUUCCACUUUGGAGGGAACAUAACUACCAACACCAAUCACCAACCGGACCAACCAAGCAACAAAUGACGGAUAUUUCAAAGGGCAAGAAGGUUACAAGAAGAUGGAGUCUCUCUUCAUCAGAAAACAAGUUAGAAAGAAACCACAACCAACGUUCAAUUCAGUCCUCUCUCUCUCUCUCUCUCUCCAAAACCCCUAACUAGUCCACAGUGUUGCAUCGUGCGUGGGUUGAAUUGAAAGACAUCCAGAGAGCGGAGGAGGAGAAUUAAAAUGAUGAUUCAGCCAUCCCAAAUUUCGAGAGGUUCAAUCCCGAUUGUAAAACCAGCUAUCCGGCGGGGAAUACGAUGUGAGGCCGCGGCGGUGGGGCCUUUCACUGGGAGAGACCCGAAUGUGAAGAAGGCGGGAUGGCUGAGGCAGAAAGCCCCACAGGGCAUCAAGUAUGAGGAGGUGAAGGAGACCUUGUCCCGUUUGAAUCUCAAGACGGUGUGCGAGGAGGCCCAAUGCCCUAACAUCGGCGAGUGUUGGAAUGGAGGUGGCGACGGCAUUUCCACCGCCACCAUCAUGGUUCUCGGAGACACCUGCACUCGCGGCUGUCGCUUCUGUGCCGUCAAGACCAGCCGAACCCCUCCACCACCCGAUCCCAUGGAGCCCAUCAACACUGCCAUGGCCGUUGCCAGCUGGGGUGUCGAUUAUAUUGUUCUAACCAGUGUCGAUCGUGAUGACCUGCCUGACGGUGGAAGUGGGCAUUUUGCCCAGACCGUCAAGGCGCUCAAGGAUCUCAAGCCUGACAUCAUGGUCGAGUGCUUAACUUCUGACUUUCGGGGUGACUUGACCGCUGUGCACACUCUGCUACACUCCGGCCUUGAUGUCUUUGCACACAACAUUGAGACUGUCAAACGCCUCCAGCGAAUUGUCAGAGAUCCUCGCGCUGGGUACGAGCAGAGCUUAUCUGUUCUAAACCAUGCAAAACAAAGCAAGAGGGGGAUGAUAACAAAAACUUCUAUAAUGUUGGGCCUUGGAGAAUCAGACGAUGAGUUGAAAGAAGCCAUGGCUGAUUUAAGGGCUAUAGAUGUGGAUAUACUGACACUUGGACAGUAUUUACAGCCAACUCCACUACAUUUGACUGUCAAAGAAUAUGUCACCCCUGAGAAAUUCGAUUUCUGGAAGGAAUAUGGGGAGUCUAUUGGAUUUCGUUAUGUAGCCAGUGGGCCCUUGGUUCGAUCAUCGUAUAGGGCAGGGGAGCUAUUCGUUAAGACAAUGGUCAGGGAAAGUGCUGGAGGUAUUCAUUAAGACAAUGGUUAGGGCAAGAGCUGAGAAUAGGGGAAGUUAUAGUUGUUAUAGUUGCAAGCCAACGGCUGUUUGUUAAGGGUCUGAAUUUCUACGCAUGCUUUUUUGGCAAAUUGAAUUUUUGAGGUGCUGAGAAGUUGAUUAAUUGUUCAACAUGAUAUAAAAAAAAAUAAAGCUGGGGAAUCGUUAAUUAAAAACUUUAAA